CCCAGCCCAUCGCGCAGGACGCAUGCGCAGCGCCGCGCCGGCCGGCUCCACCUUGGCGGAAGGGCGAACGGAGAGGCGGCGGGGCGAUGGACCGCGCCGGCCGGGAGGAGCUGGACAUGGAAGUAAUGAAGCCUUUAAUUGAUGAACAAAACUCAGAUGGCCUCUCGGAUGAAGAGCAUGAAAGUGCUAUCCUGCCAGUUGAGAAGCAUUACCAGCUUGGUGAUGGAGGAGGCAUUACGUUUACACAAACACUGACACACCUCCUCAAGGGAAAUAUUGGAACUGGGCUUCUUGGUCUUCCACUUGCUAUAAAAAAUGCUGGCAUUGUGAUUGGACCAAUCAGCCUUGUGUUCAUAGGAGUUAUAUCUGUUCAUUGUAUGCACAUCUUGGUACGUUGCAGCCACUGUCUAUGUCAGAGGAUGAAAAAGUCCUCACUGGGAUAUAGUGACACAGUUAGUUACGCCAUGGAAGUGGGGCCUUUGACUCCUCUUCAGAAACGAGCUUCCUGGGGGCGGUAUAUUGUCGACUUUUUCCUAGUGAUAACACAGCUGGGAUUUUGUAGCGUUUAUGUUGUGUUCUUGGCAGAAAAUGUGAAACAAGUCCAUGAAGGAUUCUUGGAAAACAAGACAGCUCCCAUAAAUGUCAGUGCCACCAGCAGUCCUUCUGAGAAAAGGAGUACUGAUUUACGAAUAUACAUGCUGUGUUUCCUGCCAUUCUUGAUCCUCCUGGUCUUUAUUCGUGACCUGAAGAGCCUGUCCAUGCUUUCACUGCUUGCCAAUCUAUCCAUGGCUGUCAGCCUGGUGAUCAUUUACCAGUAUAUUGUUAGAGAUAUAAUAGAUCCACAAAAACUGCCUCCUGUGGUUGGCUGGAAGAAAUACCCACUGUUUUUUGGGACUGCAAUAUUUGCUUUUGAAGGAAUCGGUGUGGUACUUCCAUUAGAAAAUAGAAUGAAGGACACCACACGUUUCCCACAGGCAUUAAACAUUGGCAUGGGAAUAGUCAUGACCUUGUAUAUCUCACUGGCCACUCUGGGGUAUCUGCGCUUUGGGGAUGAAAUCAAAGGCAGCAUAACUUUAAACCUGCCACAAGACAUAUGGUUGUAUCAGUCUGUAAAAAUUCUGUACUCCUUUGGGAUUUUUGUGACCUAUUCGAUUCAGUACUACGUCCCUGCGGAGAUUCUCAUUCCAGCUGUCACCUCCAAAGUGGAGCAGAAGUGGCAGUUACUCACUGAACUUGCGGUGAGAGCGCUAUUGGUCUGCUCAACCUGUGCCGUAGCGGUUUUGAUCCCUCGCCUAGACCUGGUGAUUUCUUUUGUUGGAGCCGUCAGCAGCAGCACUCUGGCACUGAUUCUGCCACCUCUGGUUGAAAUCCUCACAUUCUACAAGGAAAACUUAAAUUUAUGGACAGUAUUCAAAGACAUCUUUAUAGCUGUCAUUGGAGUUGUUGGAUUUUUAACAGGGACAUACGUGACAGUUGAAGAAAUCAUUUAUCCUGCAUCCACAGUUCUGGCGAAUGCAACAGAGAGCAUCGCUGCAGAUGUCAAUGUUACAAACGUGGCGGCUGGUUUACAGUAAUAACCAGGCACUGUGAACUUUAUUCCUUAACAAGAAAUCCUAGAUGGAUGGCAGACCUAUGUAUGGGACAAAUUCCAAUGGAUUUUAAAUGAAUUUUGAAAAAUAGCAUGCAACCUUUUCUUACUCUCUUGCUUGUUGUUUCCUUCAUUCCUUCCCAUCUGCUACCUGAAUUAACUCCUUUGUUCCCAGCCUCUGCUCAUGUAGUGAAAAACUGAAUUGAUGUCAGGAUUUAAAGCACAUACAUGAAAAUAGGAAGGAAACAUGAUUUUAGGUUAUUUGCAAGAAAAGAAAGAUUCUUUUAAUAAGGAAGUCAGGAUUCCUUCUUUGUCAGAAAAGAUGGAAGUCAGCCCAUUCAUCAUAUCGAGGCAGCAAGUCUAGGCAUAACUAUUUUCACUCCAGCUCUGUUGUAAGGGUUGGAGUGAGAGCUCGAUAAUGCAUGGACCUUCUCUUGCUGCCUCUGAUGGGGUGAAGUGCACCCCAGUGAACCAGGGCACUGCAUUUGUAAAAAAGAGCAGCUGUGUUUUUCAUUGCCUUUCCGGGGACUUGAAUGUGUGCUGUGCAGAAGUUCUUGGGUAGCUGCAGUUGCCUGGCUCUGGUUCCUGGGAGUCACUAUGUCUGGAAUCAGUGUACUGUGCAGAAUGACUGUGACUCUUGUUCAGUCUUUUCACGUUGGCUCCAACGGGGGGGUUUCAAGCAAUUGGAGGAACCAAGCCAUCUGUGGCUAGUGUAGCAGGCUACUGCUACUGGUGGGUUACAUGACAGUAAGCAUAAAGGCGUUUCUUUCAUGCUGACCAUCUUAAUGUCCAAGCUGAAGAAUGGACAAGACUGUAGGGUAAGGUUUAGAGGUAAAGGAUGGACCUUUUAUUAGGCUAAAAGUUAGCUAGUUAGGAGUGUUCUUGCCACCUUUUGUGAUCUGUUACUGUAUGUUCCUGUACCAUGAGAUGUUCAGCAUGCCAGACCCCUGCUCCAGGGAAAUGGCAACUGUGAUGCUCAGUAGAGCCACAGAGGUCUGACUGUCAGAGCAGCUUAAAAGAUUCACAAUGUUAAUUUCUGUAUGAGAAAGGAAAAUAUGAGACAAAACUUUCUAGAAUGGAGCUUUUGCCAUACUUUCUUACAUAAAAGGUAUGAGUUAUUUGUGAAAGAGCUUAUGAUUCCACAGCACUGUGAGCUGGGGGGUCACCAGGAUGUCUGUUUUGAAGCCCUUACUACAAGCACACCACCUGCCUGCAGGUUUUCUGAAGAAGUGACUCAGGACUUGCUUUCAACUACUGGUGCUCUGUGGAGAGGUACAGUUUAUGAGACCUAGGGUGUACAUGUGAAAAUACAGUAUUUUUUAGAAAGCGGUUAUAUAUCCCCUUGAAUUUUGAAUGAAAAAAUGCAGGAUGUUGUUUCUCAGAGCAAUAUUACUUUCACAAUGCAAAAACAUUGCAUGAUAAGCAGUUUAAUUUUGUACAUUAGGUAACUGCUGUCCUGACCAUUUUUUACACCGUUUCUUGAGCCUUGAUUUCAGCUAUACAAAUGCAUGAAAUACUGUUUGGAUUAUUUUAUCUGUUACUAGAAGUCUGUAGACUGCCUUUCUAUAGACUGCCUAUCUAUAUUUCUAUUGGAACACAUAGUCAUUAUUUUAGCAUUCUUACAUUCUGCCUUAAAUAGGAUCUAACAUGCCCUUUACUGAUUUGUGCUUCUUUUGUCUAUUUUGGAAGGAAAAAAAGAACAAGUUGAUGAGCCAGUAAUUGAGUCAAAAUGAGAUUUGUUCACCAAGUCUGCAACGCCAAGUUCCCAACUGGAAUCCUGACUUUUCAGGGUCCAUGUUUGGCUUUUGGGCUUAUACUUCAUAGAUGACUUCAACUCCAAAUGAUAAAGCUAUAUUUUCGGGUCUUGUUUUCUAAAAGCACUAUAUUUUGUACGAUAACAGAACUGUAUUUAUCAUGCUCAUUCUUGUUAUGAAGAAAUUUCUUUUUCUAAGGAAUAUUUUUAAUGGUAACAUUCCCCCCAAGAAAUAUGGUAUGCCAAAAUCUCUCUACUGUAUUUGUACAAAUUAAGGUAGAAAUGUGUUACAUUUUGCUUGCCUUCAGUAUAUUUCUCAGAACUACUGAAACACAUUACAGUGCUAGAGUAAUAUAAUGCUUUAUACAUCUAUAUAUUUUCCCUUCAGAAUGUUUCCCCAGUUAUCUACUGUGUGGUGACUGUAUUUCAGCACUUUCAUCUCCAUCUUGAUGAGGGCAUUUCUGACAAAGAUUUAUUUUAACAUGUAGUUCAAACUGCCUUUGUUUGUUCAAGCUAAUAGAUACAGUAAUGUUCAUUUUCAUUGUAGCAUGGGUAAACUUAAAUACUUGGCAGGCACUUUAAAGGGAUGAGUCUCUGCAGGUACGAUACUUCAGAAUAAACCUUUCAUAUGAAAGUGCCACAGAGGAACAAACACAGGUAGUUAGAGAAGCAAAAGGUCACUUCAGCUUUUCAUCUUAAAGAUUUUUAGUCUUUAAACUGUUUUAAAAGACAUUGAAUCUAAGCAUUUUCAUCUGUUUCAUAAUGCAUCUGUUGUUUACCUGAUUGCAUGCUGAUCAUAGAAUGUAUUUCUGUGCAGCAUAUUUUACUUGACAUUUAAAUACUUCUACAUGGAACAUUUUUAGUAGGUCUGGUAAGAUUAAAAUGCAGGUCAUUUUUUCUUGUUACUUAUGCAUCUUUCCACCUGUGUGUGUUUGGAGAAUAAAGGACUGUCAUGUCCAUUCAUACCAUCUGUUCUGCAUCAAUUGUGUCAUACUGAGCAGCUCUGAGAAGGUGCUUCUGACAGGGUGCAGAAAGACUUGACCACUCAGAGUUAGUAACAGUGCAAGUGACACGGUACUGUUAAUGAAGCUUUGCUGAACUGAGUAUCUACAACCUGAAUAGGCAGCCUUGGUACCCAGGUGAAUGCAGCAGAUCAUUCUGUAAGUCAGGCAAGUUGUUGAGAAGCUUGCUAGGUUUGAGGAAUCUAAUCUUUGCCAUCAAACUAUGGAUAACCUGGCUCAAAUACAAACCCUUACACAUCUUACUGCUGUGUCUGACCAGGGUGCAGCCUGUCAAGGAGCAGAUCUUCAAACCGGUGCAUUGCCGUUGACUGACCAGGUAUGAAGUAGUGUGUCUGUGCAGUGGGUCAGUGUUGUCAUGUCUAGCAAUGUUGUAUCUUUUGAAUCUUUAGAAUGUUUAUUAGUAUAUUUUGCACAAUGUCAAUUUUCUCCUACAGUGUAGGACUUCUGUUACUUUAACACUCAUACAGUGCAUUUGCAUGGCCUGCUCUUUCAGAUAGAAAGAGUCAGGAAUCAGUGUAUCUUGCUUUGGAUGAGAUUAAAAUGUCAUGUAGUAAAAAACUACUAAGUCUGAAUAAUAAGAGAGUUCCUGUGAAACAUUGCCAAAGAUUUAAAAGAGGAAAUUCUGACAGAAACCUCUUCUGAAUAAUAAGAGUGUUCAUUCAGCUUUUAAAGUACUGUAAUAUAAAUUGCAAGUUAAGACGCAGGGAGUGAAACUGAGAGAUUUAAUAGGUAUGGUUUACAUGAAUAUGUAUAUAAGAUGGAAACAUACUUUAGCACAAGGUAAAUUAAACUGAAAAAUGUAUGUGAUUGGCUUAUGUUCCUGACAAGGAACAGAAGGCUAUUAUAUUUAUAUACUGUACAUGCACUCAUAUUUUACAAUAUAAUAUUGUUAACAGUUUUAAUGUAAUUUAAUAAUUAGCUGCACUAUAAGUAACUGGAUCAUUUUCUUGUCUGUAACUGUUCAUACUCAAAUAUUGGGCAAGUAAGAGGGGGGUUUGCCUAAUGUUCUGUAACUUAAAUCUUCUGUAUCAAUAAAGAUUACAGUAAUAUUACCCUGCUA